UGAAUGCUAUAGUUGUUCUUCCUCUGAUCAACUGUGUGAAAACCUCGGUUGUGGGCACUUUAUUUGUGAUGACUGCUUCCAAGGAGUCAUACUCUCAAAGAUAAAAGGAGGCCAAACUAAUGUUUUUUGUCCAUAUCCUAGUUGUGGUAGAUACAUAUCUCACACUAUGUUAAAGCUUCACCUCUCUCAAGAGGAAAAACAUAUCUUUGCUUCCAAUCUUCUUGCCGAUAAGAAAAUGAAGACUAUAGAUCAGGAGGAGAAGGGAUUUUUUGGAAACUUUAUUGAUAAUGCCAAAGAAAUCUUCCUCUAA